AGCAGCCAGCACCAUAGCGUCCAACAGCUGGAACGCCAGCGGCAGCCCCGGGGAGGGGCGGGAAGAUGGCCAGGACGGCAUGGACAAGAGUCUGGACAAUGAUGCCGAGGGCGUGUGGAGUCCGGACAUUGAGCAGAGUUUCCAGGAGGCACUGGCGAUCUACCCGCCCUGCGGCCGGCGGAAGAUCAUCCUGUCGGAUGAGGGCAAGAUGUACGGUCGGAACGAACUGAUCGCCCGGUACAUCAAGCUGCGGACAGGGAAGACACGGACGAGGAAGCAGGUCUCUAGCCACUUGCAGGUUCUUGCCCGGCGGAAAUCUCGUGAGAUUCAGUCCAAGCUGAAGGACCAGGUCUCAAAGGAUAAGGCUCUGCAGAGCAUGGCUUCCAUGUCGUCCGCACAGAUCGUGUCGGCCAGCGUCCUGCAGAACAAGCUCAGCCCCCCCCCUCCUCUUCCUCAGGCCGUCUUCUCUGCUGCCCCAGGGUUUUGGAGUGGGCCUAUCCCAGGACAGCCUGGACCCUCUCAGGGUAACAUUAAACCGUUUGCACAACCAGCUUACCCCAUCCAGCCACCCAUGCCUUCAUCACUAGCCAGUUACGAGCCCCUGGCUCCCUUGCCGCCAGCUGCCUCGGCCGUGCCUGUCUGGCAGGACCGCACCAUCGCCUCCGCCAAGCUGCGGCUCCUUGAGUACUCAGCCUUCAUGGAGGUGCCACGGGAUGCUGAAACGUACAGCAAACACCUCUUUGUGCACAUUGGCCAGACGAACCCCUCAUACAGCGACCCACUGCUGGAGGCUGUGGACAUCCGCCAGAUCUAUGACAAGUUCCCCGAGAAGAAAGGUGGCCUCAAGGAGCUCUAUGAGCGUGGCCCCCAGAACUCCUUCUUUCUCGUCAAAUUUUGGGCGGAUCUGAACAGCACGAUCCAGGAUGGGCCGGGGACUUUCUAUGGUGUCAGCAGCCAGUACAGCAGUGCAGAGAACAUGACCAUCACAGUCUCCACCAAGGUGUGCUCCUUUGGGAAGCAGGUUGUGGAGAAAGUGGAGACAGAGUAUGCGCGGCUGGAGAAUGGCCGCUUUGUCUACCGCAUCCACCGCUCCCCCAUGUGUGAGUACAUGAUCAACUUCAUCCACAAGCUCAAGCACCUCCCGGAGAAGUACAUGAUGAACAGCGUCCUGGAGAAUUUCACCAUCCUGCAGGUUGUGACAAACAGAGACACCCAGGAGACCUAGCUCUGCAUUGCCUCCGUUUACGAGGUGUCCACAGCGAGCACGGUGCCUCAGCACCAUGUCUACAAGUUGGUCAAGGACUAG